AGCACAGUCUUAGCUUUACAUCAUCGUGACCUGUCAGCAAAGAAACACAACAAUUCUUCUCCCUUCCCCCCACAUCAGUGGAAGACGGGAGAGCUGGGACUAGUCACAAUCUUUUCCCUUUACCCCUCUCUGCUUAGACAAAGCCGGAGUAGCCCUGCCUGAGUGUUGGGAAACAAGAGCCUUCCCACCCACCUCCUGCUAGGGCCAAGGGAGCAGGGAAAGCUGCCCAAGCCAUCCCCUCCUCAGGCAGGGGAAAGCUGGAUGCGGGGGUGCGAGCCUGGAACAAACCUCGCCUGCGCUUGUGGGCAGAGCCGUGAGCAGGGGAAGCCGGGAACAGAAAAGAAGCAUUUCACGCUCUCGGCUGAGUCACCGAAGUGUAUAAAAUCAAGGCCAGGCAGUCGGAGCCACCCAGAGCGAGACACGAGGCAUCAGGACUUCUGGACAGACAGAACUUGCAAGUUAAUUGCAAGCCACUUCGGAGAAGGAUGUUUACAAGCUUGCUCAUCCUCUCUCUGCUGGCGAGGAACACGGCGUCCAGCCCGGUGAGCAGAGCAGAGUCUGCAGCAUCCAGGGAUGUCGCCACGUUUUUCCAGCUGGCUCAGGAAGACCCUUGGGAGAGCAUUAAUCUCACCAGCAUGUCCUGUGAGGACCGGAAGAACAAGACCUGGAUCACGCUGCAGUUGACCAACAGCAGCCUGACAUCUUUCCCCAUCUGCCUUCCGGGGACCCUGGAGACCUUGGAUCUCAGUAACAACCUCUUAGAAGAGGUGAACAGCACGGAGAUAGCAAACCUCCCACGGCUGCGCGUCCUCUCACUGAGGCAGAAUCAUCUCUGGUCAGUUAGAUGGGGACCCGAAGCCCUCAGCAGUCUCCUCUCCCUGGAUUUAGGCUUUAAUAAGCUGUCGUCUGUACCAUCGUGUCACAGCUCUUCCCUGCCUAACCUGAGAUGGUUGUCCCUGGCUGGAAAUCCACUGAUUGAAAUCCAGCCACUGGCUUUUUCCUGUUACCCUCAGCUACAGUUCCUGAACCUCUCUGGAACUCUGCUUGGGCAGGAUGACAGCAGAGGAAUCAGGGAGUCUGCUUUUGCCAUCAGCAUAUCUCUCAGUGAGGCAACGAGCAGGCCUGGAAACACCAUCAAGACGCUUGAUCUGAGCGGGACCUUUCUUGAGAAAAUUCAACCAGAGUGGACCAGAGACUUGCCCAACCUCAGAUCACUUCACCUGACAAGGAUGUCACGAUUAAGAAGCCUUGACACCGACUUCAUCAAGUCCAUGCCUGAUCUCAGAGACCUAAACUGCCAAGACUCCUACUCACUGGAUUUUGUGAGGACAGAGAUGUUUGACAGUGCUCCUCACCUGAGCCAUCUCUCCUUUGAGAACUGUAACCUGAGUUCCUUUAAUCCUUGGAAUAUCAAUUCAUCGGACAGCAUCACCAUCAACUUGUACGGAAAUCCUCUGAUAUGCGAUUGCCAGCUCUCCUGGCUGCUCUCCAAUCCCAAUAAAGUUGUACUGCAAAAGGCUCGGGAGACUUUUUGUAACACAUCCCAAGAAGACUGGGACAGACCUUCAGCAUCUUUUUCACUGCUAGAACUCUACGAUAAAUGCCAGUCUGAAAGAAAUGUUACACUUCCCGAUUCAAACACAUCUUCUCCUGAACACAAUGCCUUCAGCCUUACCAGUUACGAUGCCACUGCUGUCACAACAACAGACUCUGCUCUGCUAACCAAAGAUACUUAUACCAGUUCCCUGAUUCAGGGGAAUGUAAUGAGCCCAACAGCAGCCAACCCAACUGAGCUGAUGCUCACGGAGGCCAACAGUGUCUCCCACCGAGAGGGGGCAGUUUCCGAAUCCACAAGCAAUCCCCCUUCCUUCACAUCUGUAACCACCUCCUCAGGUUUUCUCCAAGAGCUCUACAGUCAGUCCUCAGAUUACAGCUCCCCAACUCAAACUGAUCAGCUAAAGGGAGAGCUCAGAACAACUGAUGCACCGUUUCCCCAGGAAGGCUUAUUCAGACAGCUCAGCACUGAUUCUUCUACUAGAGUCACAGGAAACCCCAAUGCCACUGACCAUUCUAUCCACUCCGUUGCCACUCACGCUGGGGAAGGUACACCACAAACGAGCCCACCACAGCUGAACUCCACAAAGAUCAAUGUUUGGUCAAAGCCUGUACCCACCAGAUCACUGAUUCACUAUGUAGAUGACUAUGAUUAUGAUGAACAGUCGACAGAAACCCCAGUGCAACUGGCACACACUGCCUGUGACUACAAUCCUUGCAGGCACCUUCAGAAGCCGUGCAGUGAACUACAGAGUGCAUCCCAUUGUUUAUGUCCUGGCAUGUCAAGGGAAGAUGAGAUUCCCGAUCCACCCAUGCUCAGAGAGGUGUCUGAAGUUACAGACAGUUCUGCGCAGAUACGCUGGUGCGCCCCAAAUUCAGUUGUUCACACUUACGAGCUGAUGCUUCACGCCCAAGGCAAUGAGGACAGACAGUUUGUCCUGGACAAUAUUUAUUCCACAGCAAGGCAGUAUACGCUGUAUAAUCUAUUACCAUACACCACUUACCACAUAUGCGUGACUGCUUCGAACAAAGCAGGGUCAAGCCAGACAGCAAGUCAGGGAAUUCCACGUAAUUCCUGCACCAGAUUUAAAACAAAGCCCAGCUACAAGUCCAUCUUUGCUGCUCUGGCUGCAGCAAGCGGACUCUUUCUCAUUUCCACAGUAAUUUUGUCUCUAUGUCUGUGUAAGGCACGUAAAAAGCCUCAGAGUGAGCAGUACGGUACACACUUGGUCUCUUAUAAGAACCCCGCAUUUGAUUAUCCAUUAAAACUACAGACAACUAAUUAGCUGUAGGUGAUUGUUCUAUACUUCUACAGCUCACUGUCUCUUAUCACCUUGGUAUGUCUUCCUGAGACUCUCAAAAUGUCCUUCAGCAAAACUACGAAACAACAGACUUCAUAGCCCUAAUGUUUCCAAGAGAAAGAAAAACACACCAAAAAAAGAAAAAAUAAUGAAGGUAGACAAAACAGAAAAAAAUUUUUGGACUCUUGUUCAUGCGCUAAGCAGCAGCAAAUCUGGACAUUAACCUUGAAAAGUUGUUGUUAUAAUCACCUACAAAUACACCGGUGUAUAUUUUACACAGUGAGAGGCUGCUUUGCCACCAGCCUGCCUCCAGGAUCUCUCCUGAGUACAGUCCACUGACAGCCAUGAUCAAUUUCUUUUGGUAUCUCUAUGAAGGUAAUACCCAAAAAGCAAGUAUUACCAGAAGGAGUGUGAGAAAGGUCUCCUUGGGCUCAGUGGCAAAGUGCUGUGCACGUCUAACUCCAUUAACUCUGUGACUGCAACUGCUCAGUGGGGAAAAAGCAACAUGAAGAUUAAUUGAAAAGAUUAAUUCAAAAAAGGAGAGCAAGACACUGCAGUAUUCUUAGAGCAGGGAUAAUAGUUUUGUUCUGAUUUCGCAUGUUGUUUUCCACAACUGAGGCUCCUGAGCACUACCAGAAUAUCAACGCACAGGGUUUGGCAGUACAGCAAUAACCCGUGGAAAGGGGGAGAGUGCAUCAGCAUUUGCUUCACAACUGAUUGUAAGCAGAGGUGAUUGCUCAGUCCCAUCUACAGAUUCAGCAGGCUGAUGAUUUACUUCAUACAGAGGCAAAGAGCCAAUUAAUGAAACAAUUAAAUGCUUACGUAGCUGAGACUUGAAAAACUGGAACCCCAUCUACUAGUAGCAGACAUUUUUUGAAUGUACUCUGGGGUGCUACUUGCUGCUGUAAAAGAAUAACAGAUGCUGAGAAUCCUGGUUCUUCAGCAGCUUUGAGCUUGCCAUUAAAAUUCAAAGAGAUGGUUUUGUAGGAGGAGGCGUUUGUCUCAGGUACUUCCUGUUCAGACCCACAGGUUUAUGUUCCCUUAGCUGCCUGUUUCUGCUGCUGUAUAGAUACAAUAUGUCAAAUCCCCCCAGAUGUCAGAGAAUGAAAGUUUCUGUACAGUGUAAGAGUCUCUGUUCUGUCCAUUUUUUUAAUGUUUCCAGUAUUAAUGGAAAUAAAAGCUACAGAGUUGAAUUCUGGU